CAACCAAACUCAAGAAAUCCUAAUCUGCUCCGUUGGGCGCGAAUUCAUUUCUGGUUUCUCCUACUCUUUACAGCGCUCGUUGGAACCUCGCAAUCGAGUCGCCAUUUUGUUCGUUGAAUGCCCAGGCGCGUAUCAGUGUUUUGUGUAUCCCCACGGGGGAUACACAUAUCACUAGUGAUAUGUGUGCGGGAAUACACAUAUCACGGGGAUACACAUAUCACUGUGACACCGGCCCCUCCCCCAGCUCCCAAUAGUCAUGACAAUCACAUGACUUCCUGGUUCGUGACGGAGGAGCUGUAUCAGUUCCCAAGAUGGCGGACGUUGAACUUUACAUUUUAAGGCUUCUUGUACUGUUGGUUGGGAUUCUUUGUUUAUCGUCCGCUACAGUACAACGGAAGAGAAAGAUAACCAUCAAGGAAUAUCAAUGUCCACUCAAUAUUUCAAAGUGUGAGAAUAAGAACCACAGCAUCAUUGAUGUUAUUGCAGAGAGUGAUGAUAACAGAAGUGUCAUUCAUUACCUGUGGUCCAUUAUUGGCUCCCCAACAAUCAUUGCUGCCUACUUUGAGAAAACAGAUGUUGUCUUAAAAGUAAACUGGACAGACAUUUUAAAUGAAGAUUCAAAGGAGGGAAUUCAUUUUUCAGAGAAAAGCAAAUACAUCACUGCAUUUGUUAUUCCAGCCAUUUAUGAAUUUCAGGAUCCUAAAGAUGAGCUGUUCUAUACUGAUGUUAAAGGAAUUAUCACAAAACAUUUAUUUCAAGCUAAGAAUAUUUCAUGGGAGAGCCCUGAAGUAGACCACAAACACAACAUGACAACUUUCAAAGCCAGCAUGUUAGGAGGAUCUGUCAUUUUCCAGUGCAAUGCAUCAGCCAGUCAAGGAACAGAGUCGGUUUUACCACAUCAGAAGUUCACCAGCAACUCAACAGUUUUUACCCUCACUCUUGAUGGCUUAAAAAACCUUGGAAAGCAUACUCGAUUUAUAUUUGAAUUAGUUUCAUUUUCUAUUGAUAAAGUUUCCACUUGUAUCACAGCUGAACGGUCUCUUGAUGAUGAACACACACCAGCUGUUUUCAAAACAAUUGUUGUCAACAGCACUGGUUUCACUGGCACAUCGUAUAGUGCGUGGAAACCUGUUGCUUAUAUCAAAAAGACAAGGAGUCUGGAUAAUCAAGUUCCUUCUUGGGCAUACUAUGAGAAUGAACACAAGUAUGUAAAAACACAAAGUUGUUCAUCACUUCCUUCAUCUUCCUCCAAACAAUUUCACAGCAUAGUGCACCAUUUGAAAGGGAUUACCUUUACAUCUCAUGGAAUGAAUAUUUCUUUUGGACAAAAAAAGGAUGGUUGGUAUGAAGUCUCACACUACCUCUCUUGGUCUGCUAUGGUAGGUUAUGGAAGACCAGAAUAUGAUUCGUUCUCCACGGUGGUGUGGAUAAUCAUAUUUGUUGGAUUUGGUGCUCCAAUGCUUCUUAUUGUUAUAAGUAUUGUUUACAUCAUUGCAAAGAAGAUCAAAGCCAAAAAGACAACAACGUCAUAUGGUAUGAUAAACUGACAAUUUAUUUGUAGAUGGUACCAUUGACUUCAGCUUUGAAAGAAUUUCACAGGGAUUGUAUUGUUCUCAGGAUCAAGUGAUAUUAGUCUUUGUUUAGCUUAUACAACGUGCUGGCUGCCGAGAUCUUGUAGCUGAAAAAUAACUUCCUCUUUGAGCCUCAUAAUGGCUGGCCAGUCAGCAUCAGAGGUCUUUUUCAUAGUUAUCAUUUGUACAAAAUCAGAUUACUUUCCUAAGAGAUAUGUGCAGAGUGAAGAAGUCACUGUGCAAAACGUCGGUUUGCUCAAUCUUUUCUAGUCUUCUAGUCAUCCUCAAGUAGAGUUUGUUUAUUUAAAGAAGAGUUGUCCUUGGUUAAUGGUUUAACUUCUCAACCAAGCCUUCUUUAAACUAGUGUUUGAAUGAGCAUCUACAAUUGAAUUGAAUUAAAUGGAAAAAGUAAUAACACAUUCUUCCUUGUUACCAAGCCAAACAUUGGCUCUCCUGGGGCCCGUUUCUCGAAAGCCCCGGAAACUUUUCGGGCCCUUAAAGCC